AUGAGCAGUAUACUAAGAAUGCGAGGACUAGUACCUCACUCUAGGCGAAUUGUACAAAUGGCCAAUAGGCAAGCUAUCAGAGCUUCGCCAUUAAUGCAAAGAAGCAUAGCAUUCUAUGGAGGCUAUGGCUACAACAAUGAAUAUGACAACAACUACGGAGGUGGACCUCAAGUUGGUUCAGGCAGCUCUUGGGGCUCAGGUUCAGAGCGUCAAUCAUUACCUAGAAAUACAAUUAUCAAAUUUGUGCCUCAACAAGAAGCAUGGAUUGUCGAACGUAUGGGAAAGUUUGAUAGAAUGUUGGAGCCUGGUUUGAAUAUUUUGAUCCCUUUCAUCGAUCGUAUCAAGUAUGUAAAGAGUUUAAAGGAAACCGCCAUUGAAGUUCCUAGUCAAAGUGCUAUUACCCAAGAUAAUGUCACUCUUGAAUUGGAUGGUGUGUUGUACUUUAGGUGUGUAGAUCCCUUCAAGGCAUCUUAUGGUGUUGAGGACGCAGAAUUCGCAAUUACGCAACUUGCGCAGACAACAAUGCGUGCAGAAAUUGGCCAAAUGACUUUGGAUCGUACAUUAGCAGAGCGUGCUCAUUUGAAUUCCAACAUUGUUGAUGCGAUUAAUUCUGCAGCAGAGGAUUGGGGUAUUCGAUGCUUGCGUUAUGAGAUUCGCGACAUUCAUCCUCCCUCCAAGGUGGUUGAGUCCAUGCAUCAACAAGUGUCAGCAGAGCGUACAAAGAGAGCACAAAUUCUCGAAUCUGAGGGUGCUAGACAAGCAGCUAUCAACGUCGCCGAAGGUCGCAAACAAUCCACCAUUUUAGCUUCAGAAGCUGAAAAGGCAGAGAGAAUCAAUAUGGCUGCUGGUGAGGCAGAAGCUAUUCUCUUGCGUGCAAAGGCAUCUGCUGAAGGUAUUGAGCGUGUUGCUCGUGCCAUUGCUACUAACCAUGGCAACGAUGCUGUUUCCAUGACAGUUGCCGAAAAGUAUGUUGAUGCCUUUGGUAAGAUGGCCAAGGAAGGCACUACUAUGAUUGUGCCUGCAUCCACCAACGAUGCUGCUUCCAUGGUAACACAGGCAUUGGCUAUUUACAAUACCAUCAACAACAAAAAGAGCCCUGCUCGCCCCACGCCACCACCCACCUCUUCAGAUGAGCCAUUAAAUAUCGAGGAAAACAUCCUUAGCACAUUGGAGACAGAUGCUUUGAACGACGACAAAUAA